AUGCCUGAACCAAGGCCUGUACAGAUGUACAGUACCCUUCUCGAGGACAGGCGGAUCAUAGAUGCUGUCAACGACGCCAAGGAACCACCAUCUCUGGUCGUUCACUUGCUGGAGAAAGAGUGGACAAUUCGACCUGGCCACGCUCCUGCAUCCCCGACCGCCCACAAGUUCUCUUACUCGGACAACAUCUCGAGUUUGCUCGAUGAUAUACAAGCCAGAAGAAUCCCAGCAGAGUUCAUAGACCUCUUCAAGUCCCUCAAGGUCAAGAUGUUCGAAGGCUGUUUAAUUGUUGAAAUGCAUGAUGCCCGUCCCUCGCAGGACGGCUCAUCAAAGGUCACUGAACCAAGAAUCGAGUUCUACGUCUUGCGACCAACGGCAGAAACCAUAUGGUCAGAUAUUCGCAACAUAGUUGAUUCGCAAAAGGGAUGGGGAGAUAAAGAAGCACUGGAACUCGAAGCACGGCUGGUGCUAUCGACUUCUACUCCUUUGUGCCUAGACCCAUCACCGUCUGUGAAUCGCACGGCGAAUAUCAUCGUCAGAAGCGGAACAUAUCCAAGUAAAAUGUCAUUCAAGAGGAAGCAAGCCGAAGAGGAUGAAGACGACGAAGAAAUCAUCAAGCACAGAAAGCUCAUGCAAAUGAUGAAUCCUCGAGCCGGGAAAUCCUUCAAUCCCAUAUAUCGCGCGCUGGCUGCGAGAAAAGCAGUAGAAGAAAAGGCUAAAAAGCCGUCUCAACAGACCGCGGUGGAGGCCUUCAAUCCCCAGCAACCAAACGCGGCUGCAAGACCUCAGCAGCCGCCACCUUUGAACCAACAGCCAGGAAUACCAAACGGCAUGCCAUCACAAAUGGCCCAGAUGGCAGCUCAGUCUGCGCAUCAGGCACGAGCAAUCGCAGCCUUGCAACAGAACCCUCGACUCGUAAAUAUCGAUGCGGCAGCGGCGGCGGCGCAGAUCACUCAAUCUCAGCGUUUUGCGCAGGUCCGCGCCAUGCAAUUCUCUCUUGCUCAGGCGCAAGCACAGGUUCAGGCACAGGCUCAGGCUCAAGCUCAAGCUCAGGCGCAAGCCCAAGCCCAAGCGCAGACCGCUGCUGCUGCUGCCGGUACUGCAACGAACCCACCACAAGUAGGUGGUACCCAGAUGGACGGAGUUCAACAGAGCGUUGCUGCUACAAAUGAGCAUAAGAUGGACGUAGAUGCAAUGGCACAACAGUUGACUGCGAUGCAAAAUGGUGGUGCAUUCCCACUAACAAUGCCGCCCAAGCGAACAAACCAACAAAACCCUUCGGCGUCGCCUCCAAAAAUGGGAUCUUCCAUGCCAGGCGCACCUCAGAAUGCGCCACAAAUCCCCAUAGGCAAUCCGAAUAUCCCAAGCGUUCACCAAACCCCUCGCCAACAACCCGCCACACCACAGAAUCCACACCAAACUCCGAUGAUGGCUCCUGGACAAAUACCUGUUCAGCAGCCGUCAGCACCUAUGCAAAACAUCACGUCCUAUCAUCAAGGGCUUGCAAACGGUCUCCAGAAUCAGAUGCACGGCGUCGUCCAGGCUCAGCAGGGUAUACAAUCCGCCUAUCCCAUGAUGAAUAAUCCAUAUCAGAACAACCCAAUGGCCGCCGCUCAGGCUGCUCAGAUGGCGAAUAAUAUGGGAAAUUUGACCGCUAUGCAGCGCCAGCAACUAUUGGCCUAUCAAAUGGCACAGAGACAGCAACUGCAGAUGCAGGCCGCACAGGCCGCACAAGCUGGUAUGCAAAUGCAUCCCCAGCAGCAGCAGCAACAUCCAGGUAUAAUGCAACAGUUCGGGAACAUGGCAACUAUGCAACAAGGCAUGCAACCGAACCAGCAUGCUCAACAGCUUGCACUUCUCCAACAGCAACAGAGACAAAUGCAGCUCGCCCGAAUCAAUCAAACCAUCAUCGCGCAAGCUGAAGCCCGGGUGAGCGCGAUGUCACCACAACAGAUUCAGGACCUCCUUGCCACCGCGACCGAACAACACAGGAAUCAGCCAGCAUGGCAAACAAUGGAUGACAGGGCCAAAGCCAGAGUCCUUGCGAGUUUCCAGAUCAGACUCGAAUUCCAGAGGGCGCGUCAGCAGCAACUGACGAAUCAAGCAGCGUCGAAUGCAAUGUGA